AUGCCCAGAAUUCUCUUGAUUGACUCGUACGACUCCUUCACCCACAAGUACAACAGUUACGAAUAUAUCUUCAGCCUUGCAGCCUUGUGCAAACGCGCCAUUCCUGGUUCAUUCGUCCACAUCAUCAAGAACGAUGAACUAUCUCCCUUGACUCUUCUCCCCCUUCUAAGUCACUUCGAUGCUGUCAUCGUCGGCCCCGGGCCAGGCUCCCCAGACAACCUCGCAGACGUGGGGGUUCUCAAGGCACUGUGGCAUCUAUCCGAUGAACACCUCCUACCUGUUUUCGGUGUUUGUCUUGGCCUUCAAAGUCUCGCUUUCGAAUAUGGCGGCGAGGUCCGCCGUCUCCGUGUCGUAAAGCAUGGCCAAAUUUCUACGAUCCAGCACUUCAACACCUCCAUCUUCCAGGACGCCGGCGAAGUCUGUGCGGUGCGCUAUCAUUCCCUCCACAUCGUCCUUUCGGGGAGCGAAGAUUUGGUUCCACUCGCUUGGGCGGACGAUGGCGAAGAGAAUGGCAAGGUCCUCAUGGCUGUCAAGCACGUACACAAGCCUUUCUACGCUGUUCAAUAUCACCCGGAAUCGGUCAAGCGGAAGCCGGUGCUGGCAAAGGACUGGUCCUCUCGGCAUGCAAGAUCCGUCCGUCCCUGGGACUUUCAAGCAGAGACCUCCCUCGGACCGUCAUGGCCACGCAUCCUCCCUCGAUCCAACUCGCCUCCGGCGACACCUGCAACAGUCGCCCAACAAACUUUGCGCGGAUUGCCAUUGGAUCUCGUUACCAUUUGCGAUAUGCUGGGCGUGGACGAUGAGAACGCCAACUUCGUGGUGUUGGAUUCAGCCGCCGCACCCGGUCGCUUCUCGAUUAUUGGGUGUUUGUCACCUCAGUCACCCCGUAUCACCCAUUCAAUUAGCGCUCCCUUCGUUCAAGUUCGGCGAGGAACUGUUGUGGAUCGAGAAGACCUCGAGGAUCGCGAUAUCUGGUCAUGGCUCAAUCAAUUCAUGCAACGCAGAAAAGCCGUUGGUGGCAUACCUGAAGUACCUUUUUGGGGAGGUCUCGUUGGUUAUCUCAGCUACGAACUUGGGGUGUGCGGUCUCACAUCUCUCAAGUCAUACGAGUCAUCCGUCAAUCGUCAUCCCGAUAUGAACCUAGUUUUCGUCGAACGGAGUAUCGUGGUGGAUACCCAUUCCGGAGCGAUCCAUGUUCAGUCUAUCGCUCCUUCUGACCGCCAAUGGCUAGAUAGUAUGGUCGUCAGGCUCAAGCAUCUUCCAGCCGCGACUUUGGUCAAUCCGCAAGCUCCACCCGAAGCUCGUACUCCACGCGCCACAUCAUCGACGACUACUGUUCAUUUCCCCGACCGCCAGUCAUAUAUAUCGAAGAUCGAGGCAGCACAGGAGCAGCUCUUCGCGGGCGAGUCCUAUGAACUAUGUGUCACUGCCCCCACACACAUUACUAUUCCGAAACCGCCCUCGGCCCAUGAAUCCUCCUCUUCGUGGGCUCGAUACAAGACGCUUCGCUCCCGCAACCCCGCACCCCAUUCCGCGUACAUACGUCUACACCCAUCGACUCUACUUUCCUCGUCUCCCGAACGAUUCCUCUCUUACGGUCGUCCUCCCUACGGCCUUUGCCAACUUAGGCCCAUCAAAGGCACGGUCCGGAAGGCCCCGGGGAUCACCCGCUCGGUCGCCGAAGAGAUGCUUUCCGGGAGCAUCAAAGAGGUCGCCGAGAAUCUUAUGAUCGUAGAUCUUAUACGUCACGAUCUCCAUGGCGCGGUUGGCGAAGACGUGGAGGUCAAGCAGUUCUGCGUCGUGGAGGAGUACGAGACUGUCUGGCAGCUCGUGAGCGUUAUUGAAGGUUGCCCUUCAUCUCCCUCUCGGGAUGGUUCGGAGUUGGGAUUCAUGACGGGUGCGCCCAAGAAACGUAGCGUGGAGAUUCUCCAGCACCUGGAAGGCCGGGAACGCGGGAUCUACUCCGGAGUCCUGGGUUACGCCGACGUCGGUGGUGGCGGAGACUGGGCUGUCACCAUCCGGAGUUGCUUCAAGUACGACGAUCUAUCUCAGAGGAGCACCGACCCUACCCCUACCCCCUUAUCGGAUGCAACGAAUAAUCCAACCCCGCUCAAUGGUCUCGCCCUCAAGCUGUCCGCAUGCUCGUCAACAAGGACCCACGCCGAUUCAACACUCGGCAUUGAUCCCCUCUGCCACGACGUGUCUACAGAAACAUGGACCUUGGGUGCCGGAGGCGCCAUCACGGCGUUGUCCGAGCCCGUCGCUGAAUGGGACGAGAUGCUCACGAAGGUACAGAGUGUCCUUCGAGCAUUCGAUGUUACAGAUUGCUAUUAA